AUGGUGCUCAGUCAGAAAAUGCAGGAGUGCCCACUCUGGUUCUGGGACGAGUUUCUGCCCCAUGUUAAGGAGUUUAAGUUGAACUCUGUUGACGUCAAGUACCAGAUCUGGAAGCUGGGGGUUGUGUUCACAGACAAUGUAAGUAAUCAGAAUCAAUUUGACCUCUGUUACCCCUAUACCCCCUUCCUGUGUAUCUCUCUCUGUUCCCAGUGUUACAUGUUCCACAUGUAUGUGGGAGUGCGAGCAAGUGGAGGAAUUGGUGACCUGAUUGAGGAUCCAGCUGGUGAUGAGUAUGAGAUCUACCGGAUCAUCUUCGACAUCACUUUCUUCUUCUUUGUCAUUGUAAUCCUCCUGGCUAUCAUCCAGGGGUUAAUCAUUGAUGCCUUUGGAGAUCUGAGGGAUCAGCAGGAACAAGUGAAAGAAGACAUGGAGACCAAAUGUUUUAUCUGUGGAAUAGGUAAUGACUACUUUGACACCGUGCCACACGGCUUUGAAACGCACACUCUACAGGAGCACAACUUAGCCAACUACCUAUUCUUUCUGAUGUAUCUCAUCAACAAAGAUGAAACAGAGCACACAGGCCAGGAGUCUUACGUAUGGAAAAUGUACCAGGAACGUUGUUGGGAGUUUUUCCCCGCUGGUGACUGUUUCCGGAAACAGUAUGAGGAUCAGCUCAACUGAGUCAACCUUGGAGUGACAGACUCUUAACUCUGAAAGGCCGACUGCAGCCAUCUGGCCUCUGCUUGUCCCUCAAACGUUUAUUACUUUUCUGAGGAGGCUGUACCAAAUGAUGGGUUCCUCUCUAUGCGUCAUCUCUCCUCAAGUGGCCAGGCUCUUCAACGGGAUGCACCCUGCCAUUGUCAUCCAGACAGUCAGCUCCACCCCCGACCUUUAGCACACUCUGCUUUUGAGACCUUGUACAUAGAAAACUUCAGAAAAUAUGAUGUACAAUACAUGACAGGUAGCAGGUCUAGAAUUUUUUCACUCUGAUGACUUCCUUGCUUCCUCUUAUUCUAUAUUCAAAGUAACUUGCAAAAAAUACAAAGGAUUAAUGGAUUGAGGGUAAAAGAAGAAACCUAAAGAAUGUUUUACUUUUAAUAUGACCAUGUCUACGCCCUUUCAUGUUUAUAAUGCACGAUUCAUAUAGGUACAGGUGGUGGAUACAAUAAUCAAACAAGUUGACGACUUAUUCUGGCAAGAAGAACUCUGCAGCAAAUCUACACUUCAAUAAGCUUAAAGACGUGCUGACCUGAAUACGAUGGACAACGAAAAUCGAACACAGCACCAAAGUGGAGACUUCAGAACAAUCAGAAAGCUGAAUGAAGCCCCUGUGCAAAGAGGAACAUUUUCACAAACAGAGCUGCUGUGUUGAGUUGAAUUACAGUUUGGUCCAAGAGUUUGAACAAUGACACAUGUUCUUCUCACUUUACUUACUUAUACCACCAUCACAGUGGAUCUCAAGUCAAACAAUGUAGAUCACUAAAUACUUGAUUUGCCUUCAGCUACUGCUUGUUUGUGUUCUUCAGCCUUCACUUUUUUGUUCGGUAAAUGAAAAUGCUCCUUCGGGUUGAGAUCAAGUGAGAGACUUGGUCAUUGAAGAAUAUCACAUUUCUUUGGCUUUAGAAAACCUUGAGGAUAAACAUAUUUUCAAAAGCUAGCCACGUAGUAAACACCCUUUAUCAUUGUCAAUUUAUCAUUGUCAGUAAAAUCAAAUAAAGUGCACACCACUGGUUACACUCAAGAAGAGGAAGGCAAGAAUACAUUUUGACAGAAAACAUCGUCCAUCCCGGUUCUGUAUUAAGUUCUUUAAACAGAUGAAACCUAGGCUGACUUGUACCAGAAUGAUGGGAAGAGAAAAGUAUGGAGAACAAAAGGAACGGCUCAUGAUCCAAAACACACCAUCCAUCAAAUGUGAUACAGUGCACUGGCAUGUGGGGCUGCCAGUGGAACUGGGUAGAAACAGCAGAAUUAAUUGUGAAGUGUACAGGGCUGUACUCUGCUCAAAUUCAGCCAAAUACUGCAAAACUGGUUGGAAAGCAUUUGUCAGAGCAAAUUGAUAAUGACCUCACCACAAAAGAAACUGUCACGGGGUGCCGAGGCAGGCCGUGUGUAAAUAUAAAUGGACCCAAGAUGCAGACUGCUUAAGUGGUGAGCGAGCUUUAUUAACCAAAGAGUGACACAAACGGAGAUAAGGUGGACAAAAAACCAAAACCUAAGAGUAAACUAAACUGGGAAAAGCUAAGCAAAAACAAACCUGAAACAUGAAACGGAGAUGCAGGGAGAACACAGGAGAACAUGGAGGGUAACAACGCAGACGAACCAGCAACUAACAGAGGCAGACACGAGGUUAAAAUACACAGAAGGAUAACGAGGGAAUGAGACACAAAAGGAGGGCACAGCUGGAAGUAAUCAGACCUGACGAGACAGGGGAAAAGUAAACUGAACACACUGAAAACAGACACGGACCUUCAAAGUAAAACAGGAAACACAUACACGUAAUGACAUAACACACCAACUUAACACAGACUGGGGGACACAGAACAUAGGAACAUGAACCAUGAAACAGAAGAGUACAAACACCCAAGAUAACCAAAACCACAGAAUAAUAAUAAACUAAAACAUAAACACGGAGUCACGGACUCCGGAUCAUGACAGAAACCCAAGAAUUUCUCAAUAUUCAAGAGAUAUUCUUCAACGGCCAAGUCAGUCCCCUGAUCUUAACCCAGCAGUUUUAUUUAUAUGUAUUUUAUUUAUUAAAUUAAAAACAUAAUGGUGAAAGACUCACACAUGUGCAGUAACUGAAGGCAGCGGAAGUAAUGGACUAUGGUGGAUCUCAAGGGAAGAAACAUUUGGUGAUGUCUGUUGGGUUCUAGACUUCAGGCAGUUACUGACCGAAAUUACUGAUGGAUUUAUGGACCUAAGUAUAAAAAUAGUUUUUUGUUAAACUCCUGGAAUUAAAGGUAAACGUCUAGACAGUUUGGUCAUGUGAUUAAAAAUCCACUGUGGGGUUGUAAGAGGCCAAAUUGAAAAAACAAAAGAAUAACAUUCUGUCAUUGGGCACUGGAGCAGACUGUAAGUUUACUGUUGAUCAUGCUGUGUCCACACACUGUACCAUGCAGCACUGUGUGUGAAGGGACCCUUAAUUAUAUGCUCAUGGCUUACCACAUGUUCAUCAAGUUCAUGUUGCUCCACAUAAAAAAGUCAAAGCAUGGACAAUUCAUAAUCCUCAACCAGCUUUCUGAUAUGCCUAAAUAAAUACAUAGCUUAUAAAAUGAUUGAAUCCA